UAGUUCAAUCACACUCUUUUGGUAUAUCUUCAUUGUGUUUUACCCAGAAAUGGGAACUCAAGAGAUUGAUGUUUUAGAGGAUUAUUCAGAGGAUGGAUGCAGCAAGGGAUGGUUGAUGCUAGCUUGCAUGGUUCUUUCAUGGAUUGUUAUUCACAGAUGGAGCCAGAGGAAUAGAAAAGGCCCCAAAACAUGGCCACUAGUAGGAGCAGCAAUUGAACAACUAGUUAACUAUCACAGGAUGCAUGAUUGGCUUGUCAAGUACCUGUCUGAGUCAAACUCUGUUGUGGUGCCAAUGCCGUUCACAACCUACACUUACAUUGCAGAUCCAGCUAAUGUAGAACAUGUCCUCAAGACCAACUUUGCCAAUUACCCCAAGGGUGAAGUGUACCAAUCAUACAUGCAAGUCCUGCUUGGAGAUGGAAUCUUCAAUUCAGAUGGAGAGCACUGGAGGAAACAGAGAAAGACUGCAAGUUUCGAAUUUGCAUCGAAGAAUUUGAGGGACUUCAGUACUGUUGUAUUCAGGGAUUACAGCUUGAAGCUCCAUAGCAUUCUGAGUCGAGCAUCUUUUCAAGGCCUACAAGUAGAUAUACAGGAAUUGCUUAUGAGGAUGACUCUGGACUCCAUAUGUAAGGUGGGAUUUGGUGUAGAGAUUGGAACCCUGGCUCCAAACCUACCAGAUAAUAAAUUUGCACAGGCCUUUGACACUGCAAAUAUCAUCGUCACAUAUCGAUUCAUUGAUCCACUAUGGAAGAUAAAGAAAUUCUUGAAUCUGGGAACAGAAGCUUUACUUGACAAGAGCAUGAAAACCAUUGACGAUUUUACAUAUUCUGUAAUUCGGAAAAGGAAAUCAGAGAUAAAAGAAGCGCAACAGAGUGCAGAUAAGAACCUGAUGAAGCAUGAUAUACUGUCAAGAUUCAUCGAACUAGGUGAAGAUCCAGAAAGCAACCUAACUGACAAAAGCCUCAGGGAUAUUGUCCUCAACUUCGUGAUAGCUGGUCGGGACACAACAGCAACCACUCUCUCAUGGGCGAUUUACAUGAUAAUGACCCAUCCUGAGGUAGCUGAGAAGCUACAUAUGGAGCUGAAGACUCUCGAAGAAGCUUUGGCACGAGAAGAGAAAGUUCCAUUGCUCCAAUAUGACAAAGAGGACCUUGAAUCAUUCAAUCAAAGAGUGAAACAAUUUGCAGGACUCUUGAGUUAUGAUUCACUGGGAAGACUAUACUAUUUACAUGCGGUCAUUACAGAGACACUCCGUCUAUACCCUGCAGUUCCUCAGGACCCUAAAGGCAUAUUGGAAGAUGAUAUUCUACCAGAUGGAACAAAAGUCAAAGCAGGAGGAAUGGUGACCUAUGUUCCCUAUUCGAUGGGUAGAAUGGAGUACAAUUGGGGUGCUGAUGCAGCUUCAUUUAAGCCAGAGAGAUGGCUGAAAGACGGUUCCUUCCUAAAUGCAUCGCCAUUUAAGUUCACCGCAUUUCAGGCAGGACCAAGAAUAUGCCUAGGGAAGGACUCUGCAUACCUUCAAAUGAAGAUGGUGCUGGCCAUUCUGUGCAGAUUUUUCACAUUCACUCUGGUCCCUGGUCAUCCCAUUGAGUAUAGGAUGAUGACAAUUUUAUCAAUGAAGCACGGUUUGAAGAUUAACGUAGCCAGACGUUCAUCAGAUGCAUGA